UUCGUCAUCAGUUCCAACAUCAAAUAAUUUUCAGAAAACGUAAAAGCAGCUUUUACACCUUUUCCACGGUUUUCACGCAGUAAAAUUGGAAGAAAAACAUGUCCAGCUCGGACCAAAUCGAGGACGACGAAGUGCAGGAGAUUCUCAAAACGGGCACCGACCUGCGCCAGUAUUCGGCCCAGAUCGAGAAGGAAUUCAAGGAGGUGGAAAACCGCUCCAUCGAGGACUACAUCAAGGAAAGCCAGAACAUUGCCAACCUGCACAACCAAAUCGGUGACACGUCCAACAUUCUGGAACGGAUGGAAUCGAUGCUGAUGGACAUCCAGGAUGCGCUGAAUAAUAUCAGCACCGAGAUUACGACGCUGCAGAAAAAAUCGGUGUCGAUGUCGGUGCAGCUGACCAAUCGGCAGUCGGUCAGGGCGCAGCUGUCUCAGUUCAUUGAGGACAUGGCAGUGCCGGAGGAGAUGAUAACUACGAUCAUGGACACGCCCGUCACUGAGAAAGAGUUCGUAACCCAUCUGAACGAGCUGAACCACAAGCUCAGCUUGAUGAAGGAACUCAAUUUCAAGGAGUCCAAGUCUUCGCAAGACGUCAGCGAUGUGCUGCAAAAGCUAAAGAUAAAAGCGAUGAGUAAGCUCAGGGUUUACCUGAUGGAGCAGAUCUACAAAUUCCGUAAACCGAUGACCAACUAUCAGAUUCCGCAGAAUGCAAUGUUGAAGUUUAAAUUUUUCUUUGAGUUUAUCCUUUCGAACGAGCGCAUUGUGGCGCAGGAGAUUUGCAACGAAUACAUCGACACGAUGGGUAAAAUCUACUACAGUUACUUCAAGAGCUACUCGACCCGGCUCGCUGCUCUCAAAUUCGAGGAAGCCGUCUCGAAAGACGACCUGAUGGGCCUAGAGGACACCGUUACGAGGAGCAUCUUCUCCAAGACGAGUUCGCUGAAAAAUAAAAGCACGGUGUUUUCGAUCGGAGACCGUGGGGAUGUACUUAACCAGCAGCUGGAGGCACCGAUCAUUGUUCCGCAUGCGCAGCAGAAAAUCCGUUACCCGUACGAGUCCCUGUUCCGAUCGGAACAGUACGCCCUGGUGGACAAUGCCUGCCGAGAGUAUCUAUUUGUGACGGAGUUUUUCAUCGUACGGGGUCCCCAAACGCAAGAACUGUUCAACCAGAUUAUGGGCAAAACGAUGGCGUUGUUAAUUAAAAAUCUCGAGACCUACGUUCAGGACUGUUACGAUACCAUCGCGCUGUUUCUGUGCAUUCAACUUUGUUUGCGCUACCAACUGAUGUGCCACAAACGAUGCGUUCCGGCUUUGGAUAGGUACUGGGACAAUCUGCAGGCAGUCAUCUGGCCUCGCUUCGAGCAGGUUUUCCGAAUGAACAUCCAAAGCAUUCAGGAGUGUGAUCCUACCAAGUUCCCAAAGGAAACCGGUCCGCACUAUAUUACACGCCGUUACGCAGAAUUUUCCGCUGCCAUUGUCGGAAUUUCGGAGAACUUCCCAAAUGAGUUGGUCAGUCAUCUUCUUUUGGAAUUGCAGGAGGAGGUAAAAUGUUUUAUGCUUCGUAUGGCAGCGAUAUUCACGACCCGCAAGGAACAGCUCAUCUACUUGAUCAACAACUACGACUUGGUCCUGGGUGUCCUGAUGGAGCGAACCCGAGACAACUCCAAGGAGGCCGAAGCAUUCCGCGAGCUGCUCAGCACCCGUAGUUCCGAAUACGUGGAAGAAAUACUGGCUCCCCACCUGGGAGGCAUCAUCCAGUACGUCAAGGACUGUGAACAGAUGCUGGAAAAGGAACAAACCGAGGAGUUCAAGCGCCAAGAGCGGCGUUCGCUCCAGUUGGUAGCCAAUUUCUCCGCCAACUGGAAAAAGUCGCUGGAGGAGCUGAACCGCGAGGUGUUCUUAUCAUUCCCAUCGCUGGUAACCGGAUCACAGCUUUUACAACUGGCCCUGGCUCAACUGGUGCAGUAUUAUCACAAAUUCUAUAAGCUACUUACUCCGAGUGCCCGAGCUCAGCUGGUCAACAUUCACGUGAUCAUGAUCGAAAUCAAAAAGUAUAAGAGUAACUAUUAAGUGUGAUUGGUGAUUUAUUUAUACGACGAAUAAUAAUAGAGUGACGAUUAGUAAAAUGCUGUGACGGAAAAGACAAA